GUAAGUGACAUGAACGGACAUCAGGAACUGUCCAUGCCAAACACAAUAGCUGUCCAUUGAACGCUUCAGAAUGGUUUUAGAAACGAUAUCCAAGAUAAUAAAAGUCCAGCUCCCAGCCUAUCUCAAACGGCUCCCGCUGCCAGAGUCCAUCGGUGGAUUUGCACGUUUAACAGUUUCAGAGUGGCUUCGGUUGCUGCCUCUUCUGGGUAUUCUGGCAUUGUUGGGUUAUCUCACCAUUCGACCAUUUCUGCCAAAGAAGAAAAAACAAAGGGACAGUUUGAUCAACCUCAAAAUCCAGAAGGAGAAUCCUAAAGUUGUCAAUGAGAUAGAUAUCGAGGAUCUGAAUAGUGCAAAUGUGUGUUACUGUCGCUGCUGGCGCUCCAAAACGUUUCCUGUUUGUGAUAAGUCACACUUAAAGCACAAUGAGCUGACUGGGGACAACGUGGGACCACUCAUACUCAAAAAGAAAAUUCUAUAACUGUUUGUUGAUGUCAGGAUAUUGUCUUAAUACAUUUUCAAGAACCUAGUGAUUUGAAUCACCUUGAUGACGGUCCUGUUAAUAAAUGGGUUGAUAUCUCUACACAUACACACAUACUGUAUAGUGAUAAUAUUAUUCUUGUUUAAGUUCCUUUUAGUUUUGUCUCUGCUUCUGUCUGUCUUAGUCUUGAUGCUAGUGGGACCAUGAACUGUCUCUGUGUCAUGUGUUCAUACAUUUACAUCAUACACUCUUAAUAUCCUGUCGAUAAUAUGCACAGUAUGCAGCAUUUACAGAUAUUUCCUGGUAAACAACCCAUGUUGUGAUAUUUACAAAUAUAUAGGAAAAUACUGGCAGUAGGAAGUUGGUUUAGUACAUUCUCAAAAAAAUCCUAGCGAACUGCAAUCUGUUUAAGUUAUUGAGUGUUUUUGAAAGCUUGUAACAAUGUAACUUUAUACUGAAAUUAUUAUUUGUACAGAGCUGAGUAACUUUUGUUUUAGGAAAAAGGUUUAAUACAUCAACUAUAUAUUUAAAAGUUGUCAUGGAAAAUAAAUGUAAAUCAAAUUAAUCUGAAAUAAUCUUAUUAUUAAUCUCUAUUUGAAAUGUUAAUUGCCUUUCUGUAUUGUCUGUUAUGUGGAAAGGUUAACAGAGUUAAAGAACUCCUGCAGACCAUCCAAACAGCCAAGGUCUGUGUGCCAACUAUGAAAUGAUAAAGAAGUUCCAUAGUGAAGUCUAUGAAAAUCACAUGUGAUCAAUAAAACCAUAAAAGCUGGUUAUCUUGAU